AUUUUUUAGUUGAAUAUGUUCAAAUGCCGUAAAAUGCUUUGAAUACCAUUUGUUUAUGAAAGAAAAAUAGGUAACAUUUAAUUUUUAUCACGGACUAACUUCAAAUGAAACGUGAUUGCAUUGUUAGGUUCACAAUGAAUAUUCCACCUAUACAACAACCAGGAGCUAUUGGAGUAGGGCAAAUGACCCAGCCUGUGAAUCCUCAAAUUCCUCAAAACCCACAACAAGCACCACCACAACAAGUUCAGCAGCAACAACAACAGCAGCAGCAGCAACAACAGCCGCAAGAGAAACUUGAGAAUAUUUCUAAAGUGAAGUCUUUAAUUGGACCACUGAGGGAAUCAUUAGCUAUAGCUCUUAAGACUGCAGCUCAUACAUUGCACCAAAAUAGUUUAGUAGAUGUUGGAUCUCUUAAAGGAAUUGAUCAACCUGACCAUCGUUUUAAUAAGAAUAUGGAAGAAUUUUAUUCUAUUUGUGAUCAAAUAGAAUUACAUUUAAAAACAUCUAUAGAAUGUUUGUCACAGAAUUCUAGUGCUCUACGGUAUUUACCAGUGUCUGUCAUACCUACACGUACUGACACUGUUGGAGCACAAGAAGGACCAGCUUUAACUUAUCCUCAAUUUUUAAUGACUGUACGGGCACAAGUUGCAUAUGCACGUGAAGUACAUGAUACUUUAAUAUCUGCAGCACAUGCAGUAGCAUCUGGUGAAUAUUAUUAUUUUAUUACUUUUAUGCAGAUUAUAGCAACAAUAUGUUACUGCAUAGUCAAGUUACGAUACACAGCGCGCAUUCAGUUCGCGGGGAGCGCUCGUGCAGUGCGCGUUGUUGUCCCGUGUUCCUCUAGAUGGUUGAUCACGUGGGAAACAUUGCGCCGACUUUUCGCGAUUCCGUGGCGAAGAAGGGCCGAGGGAAAGGGAAUAAAUGUGUGCGAGUCCGUAAUGGACAACCCUAGCGGCGGAAGAGAUAGUCGGUACGCAAGUCUUGGGUACAGCAUGGGGAUGAUAGGCAGCGACGCUGGCUCGGAAAUGUACGGCCGACCGUCCACCUCCCAGCUUACAACUUCUCAAAUAAGCCGCGGUGGCGCCACCAUGAUGGCCGCGGCGGCUGCUGCAGGCGCACCGAACGCCGGCGUGGGACCUGUACAGAGGGGUAUCAAGAGGACCACUGCGGACGUCUGUUACGAUGACAGUAACGCACGGCAGGCGCUUUCGCAACAGCAGGGUAUGUCGAUGUCCGGGGACUGUGUCCCCGACAAUCUGGAGGAGUCGUUCACCAGUUUGGGCCAGCCGAAAAAGUCACCCCCGUCAAACGGCAAGAAAACCAAAGGACGGGUUAAGAUUAAAAUGGAGUACAUCGACAAUAAGCUACGGAGGUAUACCACCUUCUCCAAAAGGAAAACCGGAAUCAUGAAGAAGGCGUACGAGCUGUCGACGCUAACAGGUACGCAGGUGAUGCUGCUGGUGGCGAGCGAGACCGGGCACGUGUACACGUUCGCGACACGGAAGCUGCAGCCGAUGAUAACGAGCGAGGCCGGCAAAGCUUUGAUCCAGACCUGCUUGAACAGCCCGGACCCGCCGACCUCCGGCUCAUCCGGCGAUCAGAGGAUGUCCGCGACCGGGUUCGAGGAGACCGAACUGACCUACAACAUAGCCGACGACGAGCAGAAAGAAGACGGUACUUCACCCAGGUCGGACGUUUGCGCCAAUGAAAGCGACGGAGACACCAGCGAUGGCGAUUCUCCGGUUUCAAAAGAUCUCCCAAAAAACCAUUCGGGUAUAAUGUAUCAAAUGCCACAAACAGUCAUUUAUUCGCCGAGUCCAGGGGUUCUGCUCGGAAUCGGUCAGAACGGUCAACCGGUGCAGAUUUCGCAGGAAGGAGGCACGGUGACCCCGGUGAACUCUGCGCAGAACAAUCAGCCGUUCAUCACGAUACCGUUGAACGUCGCGAUGAGCGCCGCGGGUCUCUCGCUGCCCGUCACAUCUAGGAUGAAUCUGUCGCCGUCGCCGCGAUCACCGACGACGACGACGACGACCACGUCGACGACGGCGGUUGCGUCCACCUGUGACCUGCCAUCGGACCUGAGCAAAGACCGUGAGUGACACCGUGCCCCGAUCGUCGUCCUCGGCUAAAGAGAUCUCGGCGGGGCUGCGGCGGCCCUUGCCGACGCAACCACGAAUAACGGACGAUUUCGACGAUUUCACUUCUUUCCGAUGGUAGAUCCGAGUUCAUCGAAGCCAGGACACCAGCCGCGUAACGCCUGUCCUCGUCGUUGGGACUGACGAGACGUUCAGGCCCGAUACACGUUUAUCGGUAGCGUUCUUUACUUGUCCAUUGUCUUCGGUGAACGAAGAUAGAGCGGCGAGAUUCAUAACACACACAUUAUAAACAAUAUUUCAUCGAGACUUGACUGAUAAUGUGUAUCAGGUCUUACCGUUAACGUUCAGUUCUCCAUAACGCGCCACCCCAUAAAUUCUUUCGUGUCCUUCAUUCAUCUUCCGCAGUCCGGGGUCGGCAGCGGUUCUUUGGGUUGGGACCAAACAUCGGGAAUGAUGAUCGCGAACUGAUUCCGGGAUCGUUACGGCAACAGAUCGUAUCCCCUAUUCUGCUGAUAGAUCAGUGGGAAUCGUUGACAUUUUUAGACGGAGUUUGUUUAAGUUUCGAAUUUAUAUAAAGAAGGUCAUUAUACUAGUAAUCAUGGCUUGUGUUCUAGUGGAAGGUAUUGCAUCAUGAGUUUCAAGUAUCAACGCGUACACUUUCGGGGAUGAACGUCGCAGCGACGACUCCGAAGUCGCGUUCGAUCUUUUAUAAUUGUAUUUUUACAAAUCGAUCCCCGGUAUAAGGAGAUAACGGAAGUUUCCCUUGUCGACGGUUUAUCGAGCGAAAAGGAACGCAGAGUUCGCGUCAGGCUCUGUCGGGGCGUUUUAUUUUAUUGUAUUUUACUCGCGGAUGUCGUAAGUGUAUCGAAUCCGUGGCCUCGCGAGGAUUGAAGGUUAAUCGUACGUUUUAGACGCGUUUUAUAACAUGGCGGUCACAAUCUCGGUCGCAGACUCUUCGUUUCGCGUCCCGUUGCGACGGUAUCGAGCCGCAGACGUUUCGCUGUAACGUCGAUUUUCGAUGAAGCUUUUACUCUGCAAACAGCGAAAUACGUUUUCGAUGUUCCCCUACAGUUGGUUCGUCGCUCUUUCAUCGGUACGAAAUCCUUCCGCUUUUAAGGAGAGCGAUCGCGUUCACCCAAGUUAAUUUCGUACUACUUAUAACAAUCCGAGGAUACACUAAAGCCGAAAGUGUCGAAGGGGACGAAGUGAAUGAAACUUGUUCCGCUAUUUGUUAAUCGUCCAUCGGAUCUAAUCGCGCGAAACGGCGGCAUGGAGGCGCGUGCCACUCUCACGAAUCAUCCCCGGACACGAAUACGUUAGAGAUGUUCACCAACCGUACAUGCCCAUGAAUACAUUUUCAUUAACGGCUGAGCCUUGUCGCCAGCACUUAGUCGAUAUCAGUGCAAUACUAGUCGAACGUUCGGUAAACGUUCCACGGAGCGAUUUUUUACACUGUCCUCGUGGCUCCGUGUCCCUCGAGAUGUUCACUGCUCGUAAAUUGCCGGAUAAGAAUCACUCGCAGGAGGAGCCGAUAUAUUUUUAGCACUCGAACGUCGCGAUGUUUUUGAACCGUGACGCGUUCGUAGGUCGGACUUGAACCCGAAAAAUCGGAGGUUCGUUCCGGUCCCACGCGGAAAUCGUGUAUCAUUCGCGAUCCGUAUCAGGGUGUGAUUAUGAAACCGAUUUGUAAAAUUCGUUUCUUAAUUA